AUGAGGCCCGUGGAGCCCACUGGGGCGGAGCCAACGGGGGCUGGGGGCGAGGGCUGCCACCCCGCCGGCACGGCCCCGCCCCCGCUGCCCCGGUGGUGGCCCACGGCCCCCCGGCUGCCCGUGGUCAAACUGGAGUCACUGAAGCGCUGGAACGAAGAGCGGGGCCUCUGGUGCGAGAAGGGGGUGCAGGUGCUGCUGACGACGGUGGGCGCCUUCGCCGCCUUCGGCCUCAUGACCAUCGCCAUCAGCACCGACUACUGGCUCUACACGCGCGCCCUCAUCUGCAACACCACCAACCUCACGGCCGGCGACGACGGGACCCCCCACCGCGGGGGCGGCGGCGCCUCGGAGAAGAAGGACCCCGGCGGCCUCACGCACUCGGGCCUCUGGAGGAUCUGCUGCCUGGAAGGGUUGAAAAGAGGCGUCUGCGUGAAGAUCAAUCAUUUCCCGGAGGACACGGACUACGACCACGACAGCGCGGAGUAUCUACUCCGAGUUGUCCGGGCCUCCAGCAUCUUCCCCAUCCUUAGCGCCAUCCUGCUGCUGCUUGGGGGCGUGUGCGUGGCGGCCUCCCGGGUCUACAAGUCCAAGAGAAACAUCAUUCUGGGCGCAGGGAUCCUGUUCGUGGCAGCAGGCCUGAGCAACAUCAUCGGCGUGAUCGUGUACAUCUCGGCCAACGCGGGCGAGCCGGGCCCGAAGCGGGACGAGGAGAAGAAAAACCACUACUCGUACGGCUGGUCCUUCUACUUCGGCGGGCUGUCGUUCAUCCUGGCCGAGGUGAUCGGCGUGCUGGCCGUCAACAUCUACAUCGAGCGCAGCCGCGAGGCGCACUGCCAGUCUCGCUCGGACCUGCUCAAGGCCGGCGGGGGCGCGGGCGGCAGUGGCGGGAGCGGCCCCUCGGCCAUCCUCCGUCUGCCCAGUUACCGCUUCCGCUACCGCCGCCGCUCCCGCUCUAGCUCCCGCUCCAGCGAGCCGUCGCCGUCGCGGGACGCGUCUCCCGGCGGCCCCGGGGGCCCGGGCUUCGCCUCCACAGACAUCUCCAUGUACACGCUCAGCCGCGACCCCUCCAAGGGCAGCGUGGCCGCGGGGCUGGCGGGGGCCGGCGGCGGCGGCGGCGCCGUGGGGGCGUUCGGCGGCGCGGCCGGGGCCUCUCUCGGGGGCUUCAUGGACUCGAGCAAAAGGCUUGAGGCUGGAAACGAGGGUAUGAGUGUGCGGACAGUUUUGGUGGAAGAAACUCAGGCAGUCCCUCUGGUGGUCGUUAUGGAUCUGGCAGUGGAAGUGGUGGAUACGAAUAAACAGAAGGUUCUACAAACAACAGAAAAGGGCUACGGUUCUUAG